AUGGCCUCAGCUGAGACACUGUUAGGAGCUGGGGAGGAGGACGAGGAAGAGAUCACGGCCGCCUCGCUGCGGGGCCCGCAGAGACAGCAGCCCAUCUCGGCCAUGUCAGCCUUCAGCUACGUCCCGCCGAGGCGCCAGGACCCCAAGGAACACAGCUACUUCAACAGGGAGGCCAAGACGGGCAUCCUUUCCCUCUACGACUGUGUCUUCCACCGGCCCCUGGACUACAACCAGAGGUCACACCGGGAUGACCGUGAGCACGCCAAAGGCCAAGGGCUGCACGUGGAUGAGGAGGAGCGCGCGCGGCUGGUGGGCGUGCUCACCUCCUCCGCGUAUGGGAAGCGCAUCCACCUGCCGGUGGAGCCUCUGAACCGUGAGCACCGGCGUGCCGGCCACAUGCAGGCCGACUUCUACCGCAAGAACGAGAUCCCAGGCAGCAAGAGCCCCGGCUUCGGCCACGUGGAGCCCGCCUGA